CUCAUUAAAGAUCAGAACGAACAUGGCCAACGCAACGAGCACUGCUACAUCUCAGUCAUCACGACCUUCCCUGAUCACCUACCCCUGGUCCAGCAUAACUCGAUUUGAGGAUCUGUCAAAAGCCGUCUCACACUACCUCAACCACCGGGCAAUUCUCACCUCGGGUCGUCCAAAUUCUCUUGCAAAGGAAUCAGAUGAUAUAGUGGACAGUCUGAUAGAGCUUAAUCGAUUGGGUUUUAUAACUGUCUCCAGUCAACCGGGUGUGAAAGAGGAGAAGGUUUGGCAACGAUUUUAUGUCACAGGGCUCCUUCCAAAGUCGGCGUUUCCAGAUGUUCUUGAAUCUCUGCAUUCUGGAGAUUUCAUUACCCUUCUCAGCACUUGUGAUACCACUACAAUCCACCUUCACUCAAGGAUUCCUUCACCACCUUCCUCAGCGCCUUCAUCCCGAUCACCAGACAACACCGAAAUUCCUGUAAUCCCGCUAACCGUUCUACGUCAUGGGCCGCCAGCAUCCUACACAUGGCGGGCUGUGACCGAUAUUCCUUUGCCAUCUUCUUUUGAGUCGCUCAUGGAAGGGGCUGAGCCAGGCUCGGCAACAGAAGUUGUGAUGGAAGAUGAAGGCUCAUUGUUUGAGCACCAUGUUGAAGUUAGCUUUGGAAGACUCGGGUUAAAGAAGGCGUUUCUUCGAAAGCUGCGGGAAGAUGCCGUUGUAGUUACUGCUAUAUGGCCUGAUUGGGGACAAACAGAAGAACCGAUGAAAAGGUUGAUAGAAAGUUGUAGGCAAAUAAACAUGGGUCUUGUAUAGAGCUAGCGAUGCAUUCGGGCCUUUUAACCGUCAUACUGCGGCUCAGGUAGAUCUCGCAUCCUGCAUUAGAGUAGGAUAGACGUUGUAGAGAAAACAGAGCGUAAACCGACGAUGUACUCUCACAGUAAAAUUACGGAUGGAAAUGAAUUAUCUCAUGAGGAUGAAUUAAUGAUUAAUAAUCUG